AUGCCUUCAGUACAAAAAACCGUCGUAAAGAAAUCACAUAAAUUCGUCAUUGAUUGUACCGCCCCAGCCGGUAAAAUCGUCGAUGUUGCUGCUUUCGAAAAGUACUUACACGAUAGAAUCAAAGUUGACAACAAAGUUGGUAACCUCGGUUCAACUGUUGUUAUCUCAAAAGAUAAAUCAAAGAUCAUCAUCAACACCACCAUCCCAUUCUCAAAGAGAUACCUCAAAUAUUUAACCAAGAAAUUCUUAAAAUUCAAACAAAUCAGAGAUUUCUUACGUGUUGUUGCCACCACCAAAAACACCUACGAACUCAGAUACUUCAACAUUGGUGACUCUGAAUCACAAGAAUAA